AUGAAGUACGAUGCCACCCGUUUCCGAAGCUCAUGUUCCCAACCAGUGGUUAACCCAGACGCUCCGUUUACCACAUGGUCCACUUCUCCUUACGAAUGGGAUCAGCGUUUGGGCCUCCAACAGACCGAUGCACAACGGAAUGCAACAAGUGAAGAUUGUCUAUACUUAAACAUCUAUACUAUUAAUGAAACUGGUUCUGGAAGUAGUAGUCAUUACCCUGGUCCCAAGCGAAGAUUGCCGAUAUUGGUGUUCCUUGAUGGACUCGAUCAUCUCGUUGGUUCUGGCAAUCGUUAUCCUGGUCACGUUCUGGCACAAAUGGGAAUGGUCGUUGUCACUGUGAACUACCGGCUUGGCCCAUUUGGGUAUUUGGCCACGCGAUCGCAUCUAAACGGCCACACAUGGGUCGACGACUCGGUGAACAAUGCACAUGGAAACUAUGGACUCUGGGAUCAAGUGGAGGCCUUGAAGUUUAUCAGAAAUAAUGCUGCAAAAUUCUUCGGCGAUCCCGAUGAGAUAACCCUUGUUGGACAUGGAUCCGCGGCUGCCGACGUGGCACUACACUUAUUAUCAAAACAUUCGGCCCGUCGGACACCUCCACUUUUUCAAAGAGCUAUUCUUAUAUCUGGCUCUGACCAAAUGGAAGGAGGCUUCGCUCGUCACCCAGACGAGUCAGCCGCAUACGCUGCGGAAUUGGCCCACCAAGUAGGGUGUGACACCUCCACCGACAGACUCAUGCUCGAGUGCUUACGUGCGCGUCCCGCCCCUGAACUUGCCACUGCUGCUGGACAAACAAGGAUUCAUCGCCCGAAUUGGAUGACAAAAGCCUGGAGCCCAACACAAGACGGUGACUUCAUAAACGAUAUGCCCGAAAGACUGUGGGAAAGCGGCCAUUUUGCUCACAUCCCGUUAAUCGGAGGGCUUGCAGUCGAUGGUGGAGUUGUGUACGCGCUGGCGUCACUGUGCCGCCUCGAUAAUGCCAUUGUCAAAUCUGAACUGGAGCAAAUUUUUACAAACGCUCAAAGACAAGAUCCACCUCCUAGUCAAGUAUUCCGAGGAAUAACACACGAUGUUCUCAAGCAAGCGUUCGAUGAGAUGGUCCGUCGCGACUUCGCAUCGGAUCCAAAUGCAUUAUCCGAUGCACUCGUUACCGAGUAUACCGACUGGUCCAACCUAUCCGACCCGUACAAGCAAUGGGUCAUGUACCGGGAGGCCUGGACGGACCGCAUGAUUGGAUCUGGCCUGGUAGAAACAAUUCGGUUCCAUUCCACGCCACAAGAUACAUCCAUGCCUAAUUAUCCAAAUGUCACACAGAUGUUUGUCUUCGCCUACCGUGAUGAACAAAACCCAUGGUCUCGUGUACUCGGCUCAUAUGGUGGAUCGGAGUUGCAGUAUUUAUUCGGACUGCCUCACUUGACGAUUCACAAGUCACAAGAAGAUUUAAGAAGAGAAUGGCCCGAUGAUUUGGGACUGAAGCCUCCUGAUGCUAAUUAUACGAACCUUGAUCGGAACAUGAGUGACUAUAUGAUGUUCUUAGUAUCAAACUUUGUCAAAAGCGCCAACGCAACGCCGACUCCCGUGAGGAAUCUUACGUGGGACACUUACCGACCGGAGAACCGAACUUACAUGUGGCUCAAUCUGACAUCAGGCUACUAUCCGUCAAGAAGUCAUAGGCCAGAUUUGGAAGUGCUUGGAGAUGGAGCCGGAUUCGACUUACGUCAAAACUAUCGAGUUUAUCGACACGCAUAUUGGAACCGACUAUAUCCUAUUCAAUUGACUUGGCUUCCUAGGUUCACUCCCCCUCCCCCUACUCCGGCUUAUUUGACAGAUUAUCGGACCUCUGCUAUGUCGCUGAUAGCAUUGAAGAAUCGGACAUAUGUCACGAGAAGAGCGUCGUUAUCAGACUUUAUAAAUUAA